AUGUCUUCAGGAAAAUUUAUCACAGUAGUCUGUUUCUUCGGUCUUGCGAUCGCUCAAAGUAGUACAUAUGUCAAUCAAACGACGUGUAAUGGCAACACAUACACGUAUCAGGAGUUGGGGGGUUAUGGAUUCAUUCCUGGAACUACCCGUGAUAAGUUUGGGGAUACGAUUGGAGGGAUUGGAAGCUCUAUUGCAAUGGAUAGCAAGACGUGGACUAAGUUAAGCAACGGAAGUUAUGCGGGAGUGCUGUGGACGUUGCCAGAUAGAGGAUGGUUGGUAGUUUCUAUUAGACUUCAGAAAGAAAUCAAAUAUUAUGAUGGCUUUCCAGACUUACCUGUUGCGACAUAUACAGGUGAUGGUUUUGGGAAUGAUGGUACUGGCGGGAGGAGAAUACCGGUCGAUUCAGAGGGUCUAGCUCUUGAUGGCUCGGGCGGCUUCUGGGUCAGUGAUGAAUAUGGUCCCUAUAUCUACCACUUUAACUCCUCUGGCACAAUGAUCUCCGCCAUCCGACCACCAGAUGCCUUCAUACCCAUGCGUAACGGUAGCGAAUCUUUCUCUGCCGACUCCCCAUACUUUUACUCCGAUCAAGCCUCUGGCGACGACGUAUCGCCAGCUGAUAAUCCUACCGGUAGAGGUAACAACCAUGGAUUUGAGGGGCUGAGCAUAUCUGCCGAUGGAAAAACUCUCUAUACUCUCCUCCAAGCAGCGAACAACCAAGAAGGCGGCUUGAAAAAACAGAACGAGCGCUAUACACGCUUUCUCUCAUACGAUAUCUCGGAUCCAAACAACCCUGUGUAUCUGAGCGAGUACGUAGUCCCUCUUCCUCUUUGGACCGAUCCAACAGCUAGCAAAAGUAAAAAUCCGAAAGUUGCCGCGCAGUCUGAGAUUCAUGCUUUACCCAAUGGACAAUUCUUAGUUCUAGCAAGAGAUUCCAACGCGGGAAAUGGACAGAGUAAUACACUUAGUAUUUAUAGACAGAUUGAUGUUUUUGAUAUCUCUAGUGCGACAAAUAUCAAGGGGGCAAAGUAUGACUGUGCGACUUGUUCAGUCGCUAGCACGACGGGAGUGCUGGUUAAUGGAAUUGUGACGGCAGAGUAUUGUGGGUGGUUGGAUUUUAACGAUAAUAACGAGCUAGGUAGGUUUGGGGUACAUAAUGGAGGGAAGACGGAUAAAGGACUGUUGAAUGAGAAGUGGGAGAGUAUUGCUGUAGUACCUGUUGAUGGUGUUGAUGGAGCAGAUGGCGAAUGGCUUGAGCGAUAA